AUAGGGGAAGGGCGGGAAAGUCAUUUUCUGCUGUCAUUGAAGAUUCUCUUCCGUUGCCACAUAACUAGUGGGGGUGGCAGUUACAAUUGUUUAUUUAUUGUCAAUGAAAGGAGACUCUUUCAUUCCUACAUGUGCACCACUACUUUCCGUAGUCACAAGAACACAGGGUUCACGUGAUUCUCCUAGGCCUGGCGCCUUGGAUGUUUGUCCUUGUUGUUGUUUUCGUCCCAAGAGAAUUUAUUGUUUUAGCCGGAUGCGUUGGCUUUCACGUUAUCAACGACGGCUUUCUCCGUUUUCUUCUUUUGAAAGCUACAAGGAAGGGAACUUGGAAUGGACACAGUCUUGUCAGAAAGUGCCUUAUUCCCUCGAUUUACUUGGACCUACGCUUGAUUCUAGUAUAUUGCUGGAGUAUAUGCAACUCUCUUUGUGGAAAAUGUCGAACAGAAAGCAAACUUAUAUCGCGCCUUUUCUAGAAAGUAACUGGCGUUGUAUUUUUGGAAUUCACCGCGGCUCAUCCUUCAACAACCCAAACAUCUAUAUCUAUGCAAGUGGGCAACAGAACCUUGGAGAACUCUUUCACUCACGAACAAACGACUGGGCACUUGAAGAACAUUCUUUUUCAAAUAACAGAAACACCAAGAAACGUGUUUUGAUUCUCAUGUCUGAUACAGGUGGUGGACACCGUGCAAGUGCUGAAGCUCUUCGGGCUGCCUUUGACGACUUGUAUCCGGGUCAACUGGAUACUAUGAUAGUGGAUUUAUGGACUCAAAUUGUGAAGGGUCCUUUCCGAAAUUUGCCGAAACAAUAUAUGUUUCUGCAAAGAAACCCAACGUUGUGGAAACUAACUUGGUUUUAUGGUGUAUUUCCUCUUUCCAGAUGUAUCACAGAAGAGUUUUCUUAUUGGAUAGCGCAUGAGCGAGUGAAAAAGGCCUUUUUAAUGUACAGACCAGAUAUCAUAGUAUCAGUGCAUCCUCUUUGUCAAACGUUGCCUUUGAGAGUUUUGAAGGAUAUGGGUAUUCGUGAGAGGAUUCCGUUCGUGACUGUUGUAACUGAUCUUGGAAGUGCUCAUCCUCUUUGGUUUCAUAAAGAUGUGGAUAUUUGCUUUGUUCCGACUAGUCGAGUUCGCGAUAUUGCAAGAAGAUGUGGCGUCAGUAUCCAUAAAAUUAGACAAUAUGGUUUGCCUGUUCGUCCUGCAUUCUGGAAGGAAAAUAGAGACAAACUUGCUGUUCGAAAUGAAUUGGGUCUCGAACAGAUUCCUACCAUAUUGAUAGUAGGUGGAGGUGAUGGCAUGUCAGGUGUGGGUAGAAUUGCACGAGCACUGGCUUGUCGUCUUAGUGAAGAGUUUGCCAGUGCGCAAUUGGUCAUUAUUUGUGGAAGAAAUACUGCUUUGCAACAAGAACUUUCAAGAAUGCGAUGGCCGUUACCUGUAUAUGUCAAAGGUUUUGUGAACAAUAUGAGUGAGUGGAUGGCCGCAAGUGACUGUAUAGUUACUAAAGCAGGCCCGGGUACAAUUGCAGAAGCUCUCAUACGUGGUUUGCCUAUUUUUCUUUAUGGAUUCUUACCUGGCCAAGAAGCGGGAAAUGUUCCUUUUGUAGUAGAAAACGGAGUGGGUUUUUUUGAAAGUGAUCCUAUGAGACUUGCCAAUCGAGUAAUCCAGUUAUUCAGAGAACAGUCCCAUUUGGUUCAGAUGUCAGUACAAGCCAAGAAUGUUGGAAGACCAUUAGCUACUUAUCAAAUAGCUGGAGAUAUUUGUGAUUUAUUAUGGUUACAAAGAACAAAGCCUCCCAUUAGUUCACCAUUGGAGGUUUCUUAACAGUUUAUUUUGGGGAAACAAUGAAUUGACCAAGGAAAAUAAAUAAGCCAUUUACUACGUCCAAUGAAAGCCCAUUUUCGGAU